CGAGGCAAGGCAACUCAGAGAUGUGAUUGGCUAGGAGCAGGAGUGUGGAGGAGAGAGGGGGUGUCGGGGUCUGUCCUUGUGUGCAAGUGCAUGCGUAUGUGUGUGUUUUCGUGUGUUUAAGCAAUGCGGUUGCAAAGAGAGGCAAGUGAACACAACGCAGGGAGCCCGGCGUCCACAGAGCGCUGCUAGUGAGGGAGACAGAGCAAGAGGCAGAGGGACGACUUCACUCCCUCGUUACUUUUCCCGGGAAAUCUGUUUUCUACUGCAGACGAAGAGCACACUAAGCUGUUCUUUCUCGCUGAAGCCUCUUCCUUCGCCAGCGACCAGAAUGGACAUGCUGCAUAUGCCACACGACAUCCAGAUCACAGAAGUGACAUGCGACUCAUUUAAAAUCUCGUGGCAGAUGUCAAUGGAGGAUACUAGCAGGGUCACUCACUAUUUUAUUGAUUUAAGCAGAAAGGAGGUGAAAGACCCCAACCGCUUCAAACACAGGGAUGUCCCCACAAAACUAGUAGCCAAAGCUGUUCCUCUGCCUAUGAUGGUUCGUGGCCACUGGUUUUUGAGUCCUCGAACAGAAUACAGUGUGUCUGUCCAGACGGCAGUCAAGCAGCCCGAUGGGGAGUAUUUGGUGUCAGACUGGAGUGAAGUGGUGGAGUUCUGCACUGGAGACUACACCAUGGUCCACCUACUGCAGCUACAACAGAAGGCAGAAUCUGUCGCUGGCCGAAUGCUAAACUUUUCAGUCUUCUACCGAAACCAGCAUCAGGAGUACUUUGAAUACAUGAGGAGUCAAUGUACCGGAGUAAUGCAGCCCUCCCUCAAGGACAACAGUGGCAGUCAUGGUUCUCCAAUCAGUGGGACCCUGAGAGGCAUCUUCUUCAGCUGUAACACCGAAUUUGACACUGGCAUGCCCCCUAAUGAUUCUCCCUAUGGACCUGUGAGAUUUCAGAUCCCUGCUGGAUACCUCUUCAAUCCUCAAACUCGGUUGUAUUUUGCUGAUUUUUACUGCAUGUACACUGCCUACCAUUACGUGGUGCUGGUGCUGGCGCCUGUCAACUCUGAAGGAGAUGUCUUCUGCAGAAGCUGUCUGCCAGAACUGGAUCCUACCAACAACCCGUUCUUGACUUACACCAUCCCAGAGACGGAGGAGGCAGAGCCGGUCUACAAACACGCGCAUGAUGUCAUUCUUGAGGUGAUCUUCACUGAACCAGUGUCCCUUUGCUAUGGCACACUGAAUGAGAUAAGUGGCCAUCAGUUGAUGAGCCUGUCCACAGCCAAUGCCAAAAAGGACCCUAGCUGUAAGACUUGCAACAUUAGUGUAGGCCGUUAAGACAUGUUGGUGACCCAAAAGUGCAUCUCGAGUGUGUCGUCAUGCCCCCAUUAGUGUCACUUGCACCGUCAUUGUGUUUUUUCAGUAGGCUCUCUUUAUGAGACUCCACAGUGGCGUCACAAAAUUUUAUGCUUCUAUAUGCACAGAAACUCAAAAACAAACAGAUUAACUGGUGUGCCAUGACUGGCCCCAAUUCCCUUCUUUAUGCAUGUCCAGACUGAUAAACUGCCUUCUUAAAAAAAAAUCUCUGGAGUCAUGGCAGACUUUUUCCAGCCACGGCUACUCCUUUGUCAUCUACAAAAGAAUGCAUAGCACAUGUAUGGGAAAGUGAGUGUUCUACAAGUGGGCAGUAGAGGGCAGCAGAGUGGCGUAAUACUGUGAAGAAACUACAGGGUCAAAAAAAGCUCAAGCAAUCCUCUGAAGAGGCAGACGGACAAAGGGAGGACAAGUAAAAUGAAAUGGUGAAGCACAAAUAUAACAAUGUAACAAAAUGUACAUUCUUGAGAUUUAAUUUGUGAUUAGUUGUAGAAAAGCUAUUUCUUCUGUCUUGCAUUAAUAAAUGGUUGCAAUUGAAUGUU